CUGCCCCCGGCCCUAUAAGGGCGGUGGCGGAGGCGCGCGGGGAUGCAGGCGGCGCGCGGAGCCAUGGCCAACUUCCGACUGGCUCUUAUUCAGCUUCAUGUAUCUGCCGUUAAAUCAGAUAACCUUCAACGAGCCUGUGGACUGGUGAGAGAAGCAUCAGCUAAAGGAGCUAAAGUAGUGGCUCUACCUGAAUGCUUUAAUUCUCCGUAUGGAACCCAAUACUUUAAGGAGUACGCAGAGAAGAUCCCUGGGGAGUCAACACAGAAGCUCUCAGAAGUUGCAAAGGAGUGCAGCAUAUAUCUCAUUGGAGGAUCCAUUCCAGAAGAGGAUGGUGGAAAGCUGUAUAAUACAUGUACUGUCUUUGGGCCUGAUGGUGCAAUGGUGGCAAAGCAUAGAAAGGUUCAUUUGUUUGACAUUAAUAUUCCUGGGAAGAUACAGUUCAAAGAGUCUGAAACACUGAGUCCAGGGAAUAGUUUCUCCGUGUUUGACACUCCAUACUGUAAAGUGGGCCUGGGCAUCUGCUACGAUAUGAGAUUUGCUGAGAUGGCUCAAGUCUACGGACAGAAAGGUUGCCAGCUGCUGAUAUAUCCAGGGGCUUUUAACAUGACAACGGGACCAGCUCAUUGGGAACUGCUACAAAGGGGACGAGCUGUCGAUAAUCAAGUCUACGUAGCUGCUGUAUCUCCUGCUAGAGAUGAGAAAGCAUCCUAUGUUGCCUGGGGACACAGCACUGUAGUAAACCCAUGGGGUGAAGUCAUAGCCAAAGCUGGGGCUGAGGAAACAGUUGUAUACACAGAUAUCGAUCUGAAGAAACUUGCAGAAAUACGUCAACAAAUUCCUAUUUUAAGCCAGAAGCGUUGUGAUCUCUAUGGCAUAGAGAUGAAAAAGUGAAGCUGGGUGACUAAAGAAGGUUGAAUUGACACAAUGGCUGCUCCUUUCAUCUUCGGAAGGGUUCCCUUACUAGUUGCUCCACAAUCUACUGCUAAAAUGUGACAGUUAAUUUAAAAAAAAAACAAACAUAAAACCACCAACCAAAAGAAUCCAACUUGGUGGUGUAAUUCUAAAAUUGAUUCAACUACAACUUUUCUAUCUCCUCUCAUACUUCAGUAUUUUAUAAUUUACAGCUGGGAUAAAGAUGGAGGUGAAAUCAGUUCAACACAGUAGUAAUUAACAUCAUUGCUUUUUAUGCAUCACAAUGUUAUAGUUACCUUUUUGGGGCUUUUUUGUAGAACAUAGAAAGGGGAACCUUGUUCUCACUGGGAAUCCUCUGAAGUCAGCUUUGAUAUUGAGAAUUUUUCAGUGAAUCAUCAGGUGCUCUAGAAGGAUGAUGCUGCCAUCUCCGUCCUUCUUAGUUGUAUGUGCCUUAACAAAGGUCGUCGAAUACCCAACUUCUAACUUGGCAAUCUUAAAAUUUAACACACUAAUCAAAACAGGCCAAAUUCUGCUCUGUGCUGCUUGGGGACAAUGCAAGAAGCUGCCAGAUGGAGCUACUACUAUAGAAGAAUCUGUAACAAGUUUUGGUUCAUGUGUCCCGUGUGGAAUAUAUGUAUAUUAAAUUCUCCUUAUUGCAAUUCCCGUUUAUUGCUGAGGUGACGCAGGUUACUGUUUUGUUAAAGGAAUUCCCAUCAGCACACCUUUGCUGUAUGUGCUGCUUCCUUAAUAUAAUGUCUGAACGGGCCUUAAUUCUGCUGCCAGCCCAUCUUUGCCUGAAAAGGCUGAGGAGGGGGUCACUCAAGAGUUAGAAAACUUGUUACACUAUGUCUUUCUGCCCACAGCCUUCUGCAGGACGGGGGCUAGAACUAUUGCUACCAAAGGCCAGCUUCCAUCAGCUGCACAGAACACUCCUUUCCUCAUUGCUCACGCUGAAGGCACUAACAAACUGACGAUUAAAGAUGCCUUUAAAAUACU